GCAAGGAAGCACAUGCCAGCCAAGAGAGAAGAUUAACAUUUUAAUGUCUGGAAAUUGUUUACUACCUUUCGCCCAGUGAAUUACACCCACCGCGACGCUGACCGGGACAGAUCGGUGGUCAAACAGACCAUGAACGAGUGAAUUACAUAAAUGAAUGAACGUCGACAUCUAGUGACCAAGCCGGUGACAUGAAGCACGACAACACUUCCUGCACUGACACCUCGGACCAGGAGAAAGAGACGGCCACGAACGCCUACGAAGCAUUUACGUCUGGAAAAUACGACGAGGCCCUGAAACAGCUGGAAAACCUUCAGGACCUGAACAAGGACGACCACAAGAUCGCCAUGAACAAAGCCGUUACUGAGUUUUACAAAAGCGGACAGACGACCACCAGCACUCUGAAGCAGACUUUAAUGAUGAUCAAGAAUCAGGCGCAUUCUGCUGUGGAAGAUAUCGACGGUUUAGACGAUGUGGAAAACAGCAUCCUGUACUACAAUCAAGCCGUUAUUCACUACCACAUGCGGCAGUACCUAGAAGCCAUAUCCAUAGGAGAGAAGCUCUACCAGUUUUUGGAACCUUUUGAGAAGUUCGCUCAGGCCGUGUGCUUCCUGCUGGUGGACCUUUACCUGCUCACGUUCCAGCCGGAGAUCGCGCUCCAUCUUCUCGCCGUGCUGGAGAAACUGGCCGUACAGGGCAACAGCAAGAACGGCAAAGGAGAGGCUGGCAGUGGCUCAGCGAGAGAAUCUGCCGCUCAGAGAGCCGAGUUUGCUGCCCUGAUCGAGGCCGCCAAAGCUCGGAUACACCAGUACAAAGUGCGCGCCUACAUUCAGAUGAAGUCCCUUAAAGCCUGUAAAAGGGAGAUCAAGUCUGUUAUGAACACGGCUGGAAACUCUGCACCUUCCCUCUUCCUGAAGAGUAAUUUUGAGUAUUUGAGGGGAAAUUACAGAAAAGCUGUGAAACUUCUGAACAGUGCGAACAUCGCUGAACAUCCUGGACCCCUCAAAACAGGUGAAUGUGUGCGCUGCAUGUUCUGGAACAAUCUGGGCUGUAUUCACUUUGCGAUGGGAAAACACAACCUGGGGAUCUUCUACUUCAAGAAAGCCCUCCAGGAGAACGACCAUACGUGUGCACAGCUGGGGGACGGCAAGAACGUCCAGGCUAAAAAGUUCGCAGGUAUCCCCAUGUGCGCUCUACUGGCCAACAAACGCUACGAGCUGCUCUAUAACUGCGGUAUUCAGCUGCUGCACCUCGGCCGGCCCCUGGCAGCCUUCGAGUGUCUGAUGGAGGCCGUGCAGGUUUACCACUCCAAUCCCCGGCUCUGGCUGCGGCUCGCCGAGUGCUGCAUCGCCGCCAACAAGGGGAGUUCAGAGCAGGAAACGAAAGGCUUGCCGAGCAAAAAGGGAAUAGUGCAGUCCACCGUGGGGCAGGGAUACCACCGGAAGAUUGUCCUCGCAUCACAGUCCACACAGAACGUUACCUACAGCGAGGGCCAGUCAGCGGCGAUCCCCGUAGCCAGUAUGGAGUUCGCAGCGAUCUGUCUGAGGAACGCCCUCCUCCUGCUGCCCGAGCACCAUCAACACGAGGGCAAACCGGAGGACGGCUCGAAAAGCUCCGGCCAGUCGGGCAGCACCGAGAGCGGCAGCGAGAACAGCGACGCCUGCAGUGGGAAGGGCCAAGAAGGAGACAAGUUUAUCCCCGCCGCCCCUUCGUCACCUCUCCGAAAACAGGAAGUGGAGAACCUCAGGUGCUGUAUUUUAGCCUGUAGUGCGUACGUGGCUUUGGCCCUUGGGGACAACCUGAUGGCCCUUAAUCAUGCAGAUAAGCUUCUACAUCAGCCCAAACUGUCAGGAUCCCUCAAAUUUCUGGGUCACUUGUACGCUGCUGAAGCUCUGAUCUCUCUGGACCGUAUUUCGGACGCUAUCACUCACCUCAACCCAGAGAACGUUACCGACGUGUCGUUAGGCGUGUCACCCAGCGAACAGGAGCAAGGUUUAGAUAAAGGAGAUUUAGAGCCAGUCGAAUCCUCAGGGAAGCAGACCCCUCUGUGUUACCCCAGCAGUGUGAGCUCUGCCAGGGCCAUGAUGUUAUUUAAUUUGGGCAGCGCUUACUGUCUGCGGAGUGAAUAUGAGAAAGCACGCAAGUGCCUCCAUCAGGCCGCCUCAAUGGUCAGUUCAAAGGAGAUUCCACCAGAAGCUAUUUUACUGGCCGUCUACCUAGAGCUGCAGAACGGUAACACACAGCUGGCUCUGCAGAUCAUCAAACGGAACCAGCUGCUGCCGUCGGUGAAGCCCUCGUCCUCUCCAGACCUGCGUAAGAAACCUCAGCCCUUCCAGCCAGUGCAGCCCAUUCAGCCUAUACAGAUGCCUUCAUCCUUCACACAAGUCCAGCGCAAAUGAUGGACGGCCUCACUCGCUCCCCAGCGUCAACACUUUUAAUCCCUCGUAAUAUUUAAGAGCCUGUAACAGCUCAGAUACACACACUGAUGAGGGGAUGAUGGGUAGGAGAGCCGAAUAUGACUACAAACGGUGUGAGAGGUUAUAAAACUUCUUCCUUGAGAGAAGGGCGGCUUUCCAAGAGCUCAUUACCUGUUAAAAUGUAUACUGACAUGAUCUGGGGGCUAUAAAAUCUUAAAUAAAUUUUAUGUACACUUA